AUAAUAACAAUAUUGGAGGUUCCGCCAACGGCCUGAAGAUCUUGGUGGAGUAGGUCUCCUAAGGCACACAAGUCAAUACAAUUAAAGGUACUAUUCGUGCCCGGGCUCGCCGGAGUGGUCAAGGCCAGGUCAUCGUUGAAAGCAUUCAAGUGAUGUUGGAGCCUUUCGAGAUAUAUAAAGACGAGGCCGGAACCACCCUCAAGUUCAUCUCGUCAAAUACGAAUUAUAUCUCACAAGUGAUCAGACAAACACAUUAAACAACCUACACAAAGUUCCCGACAUGCUCUCCAUCACCUCUGCCCCCCUACUCGUCAGCCUCAUCGCUUCUGUCUCCGCCAGCCCCAUAGGUGAGGUUCAAAAACGAUGCUCCCCCGAUGGUGAAAUCACCCUCGCAUCCACCAGCAACCCUGUUGCCGGUGACGGAAAUCCACACCAGAACUAUUACCAUGAGCAAAUUAGUGACACAGUCACAUGUGCAAGUGGAGACUGCUCAGUGUCCGUCUCAGACACUGUAACACUCUCUUACCACUCGGAUGUUUCACUCAACAACUGGAUCAGCGGAGGAUUCGACGUAGCUCAAUCGUUUUCCAUGGGAUCUGACUAUGCGUGUAACGCGGGUGCCAACGAUGAAGUGUGUGUGUGGAUCUCCUUUGGCACGACUGCGUAUACUGUGGGAUCUCGAGACACGUGCGGCAACAUUUACGACGUGGGCGUCCUUCAGUCACCCAACAAGAACGGCCAAGGAAGCACAUUCUACUGUGUAACUGGAAAAGACUGCAGAACUAAGGGACAAGGAUACUGGGAGGGUGGCUGUGCCGGCGGUCCUCAAGGCAACUGUGGAAACGGACAGGUCCUCGGCAGCUAGUUACCUUGGACGACGUAAAUGCUUUGCAAACGCUUGACUGCAGUCGCAAGGCAAGAUGAACCUCAAUGUAGCUUCUAGUCAAAUGAUGAUA